UGCGAGUCAUUUUGGGCUGUUGGUGCGUCAAGAGUUCACCAAAGCUCACGAGGACCUGAUUCUCCGCCGCGUCUCGAUCCUCGCAGCCUUCAUGGCUAGAUCGUAUCUCUUCAAGUCAACGGAAGAUCCCUCCGUCAUGCGCAUUGGUUCGCUUUUGGUGGAAUGUGUGGGUGUCGGACUGAAGCAACUCAGCCGGGGAGAAGAGGUUUGUAUUCACUUCGUGCCGCCUUAUACCGGGCGCUCCAGCGAUGAUUUUCAAUUUUUUCUGCCAAGCCUCUCAUGGGAUGCAGAGAGGAGUGGACAAUGUCCUCGUGGCCCAGCGUGUGAGUGCAACCGAGUGAGAAGGCAGUUGCUCCAACAGCUUCCAUGUCAAGUCCUCACCGUAGAUCCAUCGCUGGGCAUGUCCUUGGAGUCGGCCUUGGAGGACGAGAGGCAAGGCGUUCAGGCCUUGAGCUGUGCAUUCGGCAUCGAAGCCAGACAGGUUCAGGAGCUUUUGGAGCACGAAGGCUACAUUCUCACACGCGACUUCACGGGCCGAAUCUUAGAGCUCCUAGCACGCUGGCGGUGCCGCUUACCGGUGAUCCUGGUCGGCGAGAGCGGGACUGGGAAGACGCGGGCCUUGGAGCUGCUCACCCUGCUGCUGUUGGAAUCCCAGCAGGUCCGUCCCAACAUCCCAAAGGAUGUCUACGACUACAUGAGGAACAAGCUGCGCCGGGCGAAAGAUCAGGCUUCAGCUGAUCCCGUGGUCCAGGCUGUGGAAAACGAGAUGAACGUGUUGCUGGAGGAAGGCUUCACACUACAGGGCUUCAAGGAUCUCCUGACCAACCCCGUGCUGUACCGCCAGAGAGCCAUGGAUGGUGAGCGCAAUUUGCAAGCUUUGUUCACACGUGAAGAGCUCGUGCGAGAGAUGUUGAAGAAAGUUGAAGUGUCCCCUCGCUUCGACAUUGGACUGCUGCAUAUGCUGCUGCGAAUGGGGAGCGUUCCUGAUUUGGAGGACAUUCAGAGGAGCAAGGACAGGUGGAGGAGAAUGGAUCAUGCGGCAAAGGAGCAGGAAAGAUCAGGAACGACCUUUGAUAUCUUUUGCAGGGCGGCUGGUGGUGAAGGAGAUUUUGAGGUGAAUGACCAGGCCGUGCGACUUGCCUGUGAUGUGGUCGCAUGCUUGCCGACCAACCAGUUCUUCUUCCGAGUGCAGGUCCAUGCAGCCAUGACAGCAGAGCAGAUCCAGGAGCAGCUGCAGCCGGCCUUAGAUGCCUGUCGCAGAGAGCCUGAGAUGACAGUCGUAGCUUUUCUCGAUGAGGUGAAUACAUCCUCUUGCUUGGGAUUUGUCAAAGCCAUCUUGUGCGAUCAGCUGUUGGCUCCGAAUCCAAAUCUCUUCCUGGUCGCUGCGGCGAAUCCAUACCGGGAAGAAGCAAGUAAGGAAGACCUGGUGCUGCGAGGUAGCGCCACGGUCAUGCGCGACUUCUUCCAGGUGCACCCUCUUCCACCUUCCCUCGCGGUGUAUGAGUGGAAGUGGCGAUCUUGUUUGAGCUCGUUGACUGGGCAGCGCACUGCUGAGGAAGCUGACGAAGAACGCUACGCGCUGCUUUUGCUCAGGAAAAUGACCCAAAGACAUGCUGAGAUGCAGAUCUCUGACCAUGAGGCUUUGCUCCCUACGCCAGCAACCAUUUUCAGUACUGUUGCCUGGUGA